GUGCUCGUUGGAGCUCCUCGUGCCGAAUCAGGCCAAGUUGGGACGAUUCAAGCUGGCGCUUUAUUCGCCUGUCCUAUUAACACCAGAUACUCUGGCAAUGGAUCCGAAUGGUGUGAACAAGUUCGUUCUGAAUACGAGGACCAAUCAUCAUAUCUGAAGUCACCGGAUCUAACACUAACAGGACGUGAGGUUCACUAUCUUGGGAAAAAUGGAGAACUUCUCGGCGCUUCCCUAGCUUCUCAGGGCACCAGGAGAGGAGGAGCUGUUGUCUGCGCUCCACUAAUGCGAUUUCACAACACAAGUGCGUACACGCAAGGCGCAUGUUACGAGUUGAAUUCUGAUCUCACUCUGGGUGGAACUUACACCACUUGCCUCCAGAAGAAUCUUCCUAAGCUUGAUCGACACAACGAAUACGGGGCUUGUAUGGAAGGAUUCUCGGCUGCUAUUUCUGGGGUACGUGCCUGA